AAUUUUUUGAAGAAUCUCGGCGAACCCACGUGAAUUUAAUGAACCAUCAAUAAACAAUGUAACAUUUGUUGUGAUAUUUUUUUAGGUUUGAAAAAAUGUUUUUUCGAAAUUGGUAUCGUUAUUUGAAUAUUAACCGAAUUGAAUCGAAACAUUUUUCCACUUUAAGAGCUAAUAUUGCAUUAAAUAUAUCGAAAAAAUUUGAAAAUGUUUCCCUCAUCAAUUUUCCAUUGAAAAAAUCCCCAACAUUUAAUCUAUCCGAAUUUGUCGAUAUUAAAAAUGCCCAUAAUCGCUGCCAUCAGGAACAUUUGGAUGAUAAUCCAAAUUAUUAUCCUAGCGUUACUACGAUAUUGAAUCAAACAUUAUCACCGGAAUCAUUGGCGGCGUUGAAAAAAUGGGAAACUGAAAAAAUCAAGCAAUUUGGUAUGGAAGGAUUCGAAAGAUAUCGCAAAGAACUAUUACUGCGUGGACGAUGGUUACAUAAUAAUAUUCGAACCUAUUUAGAAACGAAUGAUACGUCUGGUUUAAAAAUCUCGACCAAAACACAAGAAAAUAUGUGGAAAAGUAUUGAAAAUGUUUUGCCAAACAUCAAUCGAUUGUAUGCAUCUGAAAUGGUCGUAUAUCAUCCGAUAUUAAAAUUUCGUGGAAUUCUCGAUACAAUUGCUGAAUUUCAUGAAAUACCAGCUGUGAUUGAAUGGAAGACAUCGGAAAAAUUACGACCAACAAUUGCACAUACAUAUGAUAAUCCUUUACAAGUUGUUGCCUAUUAUUCUUGUCUACAAUUCAAUGAUGAUUUGAAAUCGAAAAAUCAAAAUACCAAGAUUGCAAAAGAAAUUCUAUUGAUAAUUGCCUAUGAAGAUGGUUCAAAAGCAAAUGUUCAUAUUAUUGAACCAUCAUUACGUAUGGCGAUUUGGCGUAAAUUUCUACAAAGACUUGAACAAUAUUGGAUUAUGGUUGCAAAUCAAUCGAAUCAAUAAUUUUUUUUUCUAUUCAUUAAUUGUAUAAAUGAAUCUGGUCUUGUAGAUAUUGUUUAAAGGAAUUGAUUCAUUUUCAAAAUAAUCAAAUUAAAAUAAAAUUGCUUAAAAGCCAGGCAACUGGGAAUGGUGAAUUUCAAUUUUUUUUUAGUUUUGUUUGAUAAAGUUUAGUGAAUUUUUUGCUUGUUUUUGAAAUUAAUUUUUGAAUAGUAUUAUUAAAUGGACAAACGCAAAUAUACGAUUAUGGCAGCCGUUACCGCAGCCGUAUUUGGAGCAAUCGGCUAUUACUAUUAUCAAAAAGAGAUUCUAUUGAUGAGGCGUUAAAAAAAACGGCCGAUACGAUCAAAAAUCAAGCCGAUGUGGUGAAACAAAAGACCGAUAAUGCACAGAAGAACAUCCAGGAAGCAAUGAAAGAAUUGGAGAAAAAUAUUCCGGAUAAAAGUCAAAAGACUCCAAAACUUUCAUCAAAAAAAUGAAA